AUGUCGCUGUCGACACAUUCCUGCUCCUGCCAGGUGUACCAGAAAUGUUGCAUACCAGGGGUAUGCACGUGUUUCGUGCGUCCGAGGAUCUGCCGCUGUUUCCCCACCGCGAUCAGGUUUCUCUAUCCCCUGUCUUUGCAAACAAUUUCAAGCCAUUCAUUUGAGGAUUUGAAAUUUCUACUUCUAACAUAACAUGAGAUUUCUCAGAGUGUAACCCUGAAAACCAUUGAGACACUGACUUUUAACAACCUGCCCAACCUCUCUGAAAUUUCAAUCGAAAACACAAGAAAUCUGAUGCACAUCAACCGAGGGACCUUCAACAACCUCCCCAAACUUCGCUACUUGAGCAUCUCAAACACUGGCAUAACAGUUUUUCCUGACAUUACUUUGAUCAAUUUGCUUGAAUCCGAGUUCAUCUUGCAUAUAUGUGACAACAUUUAUUUCCUAGAAGUUCCUCCGAACUCUUUCAGUGGCAUGACAAAAGAAUACAUCACAAUGAACCUGUUCAACAAUGGCAUCAGAAAUGGCUUCAGCAGGAUGGAGAUAGAUAAGCUGGUACUGAAGAAUAAUCGAAAUCUUAGAGUGAUCCACAGAGAUGCUUUCAAAGGAGCCACUGGCCUCGGAGUCUUGGAUGUUUCUGCAACAGCUCUGACAGAGCUGCCAUCACAGGGCCUGCAGUCACUUUUGGUGUUGUUUGCUCAGUCGGCGUAUGCCUUGAAGAGUCUGCCUCUCCCAUAGGGCCUGAGGAGCCUACAAGAGGCUCAUCUCACCUACAACAGCCACUGCUGUGCAUUGCUGAGCAGGAACGCUCACAGGUGACUUAUACUGACACACCUUAGAGUCUGGGAGUAAAUGUCUUGCGAUGAGAGUGAUCCAUCAGCAAGGAUUCAGCCUGUGAUUGGAGGGUCAGCAGCCACAACUCUGCCUGUAGACUGGCCAUUUUUGUCUGAGGUUGACCUCUCCGUGGACGAUGAUGGCUUCAGUGAUGUCAAUUUCCAUUAUCCAGAGCUCGACUUCUGUUCCACCAGAUCAACGUUAGUUUGCACACCUGAAGCAGAUGCGUUCAAUCCCUGUGAGGACAUUGCAGGCUUCAGUUUCCAUUUGGCCAUUUGGUUCAUCAAUAUACUGGCUGUCACAGGUAACCUGACAGUGCUCCUGGUCUUCUUUACCAGCCGCAACAAGUUGACGGUGCCUCGCUUCCUCAUGUGCCACAUGACUGCAGACUUGCGAACACAUGGACGCUACAGUCAACAUGCUAUUGAAUGGCAGAUGGGGCCUGGUUGUAGUGCAGCAGGCUUCCUGUCUGUGUUUGGUGGUGUGCUGUCAGUCUGCACACUUUCCACCAUCACCCUGGAGCGCUGGCACAUAAUCACCAAUGCUCUCCACGUAGAGCGCCACCUGGUUCUGACGCAGGCAGCUGGUAUAAUGGCAGCUGGUUGGCUCAUCUGUCUGGGAAUGGGGAUGCUGCCUCUUGUUGGUGUGAGCAGUUACGCCAAAGUCAGCAUGGACAUAGAGACUCCUCGCACUCCUCUGGCACAGGCCUUUAUCAUUAUCAUCCUGCUCUUCAACGUGGACGCCCUCAUUGUCGUCUUCGUUUGUUACGUGCUGAUCUACCCGGCUGUAAAGAACCCAGAGGUCCCCGAGAGAAGUGCUGACACCAGGACUGCAAAGCGCAUGGCUGUGCUCAUCUUCACAGAUUUUCUCUGCAUGGCACCCAUCUCCUUCUUUGCCAUCUCUGCUGCCUUCAAGGUUCCCCUCAUCACAGUGACAAACUCCAAGAUCCUGCCGGUCCUCUUCUUCCCCAUCAAUUCCUGUGCCAAUCCCUUCCUUUACGCAAUCUUCACCAAGGUCAUGAGCUCCAUGGACUGCUGUAAGAGCGAGGCCAGCGUUUACCGCACGGAGGCCUGCUGUUCAGAAAAUGCCAUCAAAAGUAACUUGGGUCCGUUUUAUAAAGGAUCCCAAUCAGGAGUGAAACUAACUGACAUGGCACCAAAGAUCCCCCACCAGAGUGAGGACAGGAAGGUCACCAGAAAGAGAGAGACAAGACUUUUAAUUUCAGAUAAAAGACAUCGACAGGACAUUCAUGUUGGAUUUAAAGGAAAUUAUUGACUUGUAGGCAUCUGUGACAACACAUUAAAUGACAUGCUGCAUAUUAUGUUAAAUGUGUAUAAUGUGAAAAAAACAUUGCAUUGGAUUGAAUUUUAAUGACAAAUAAGCCUUUUUCACUGGAGAUAUGACAGAUAUGACUUAUAUCACUGAUGACGGUUCUGUGGAGUCAGGUAUCUCAGUGGAUCCUGGGAAUGGAACGAAGCCUUCAUUCAUCACUAGGGCGAUAUUUCUUUCUGCUUACCACAUGUCAAAACAGGGUGUAAAAAAAAUAUGGCAUUCACAGUGUGACGUGAAUACCAUUGAAAAGUUACUUUCAAGAAUGAACUUUAAAAAAAAUGUCAGUGUUUAAGUAAAUGGACAAAAGGUUUCCUGUAACAGAAAUGGGGAAGUCCAGAAUCUAGUGAUAAAUAUUAACUCACCACAGUCAAUCUACCAAAUGUGUGGUAUGACUGAAACCAGCUGGAGGAUGGAAGAUUUCAAAGAGAAACGUUUCAUUUGUUUCAUUCUGGUUAUUGUUAGCUUUAGUAAGAUUGGA